UUUAACGCGCACUUCAGACGUACACCCACGCCCGUUGUUGCUCUCAUGGAGUCUUUCAUGACCAUCACUGUGGCCUAGUUCUUAGAAAAUAAAAAAUCCAAAAAUAAAGAGAAGAUGAGUCUCAAUCGAAUAACAAUUGGUCUUGGGCGAUGAGAGAUUACUUCACAAUAGAGCUGAUAAUUCUUUUUUUCCUCUGGUUGUUGCAUUGGAAUUUUCAAUUGAGGGGAAUUCCUGGUAAUCAUAUCCGGAACAAUGCAGAAUAUUAAUUUGUUUAUGUUCCAAAUUACAUCAACGCGAUUUGGUGGGGUUUCUACCCAUUUGUCGGAUGCAUGAUCACGCACUUGUUCGAGGAAAUGUCAUCCAACUUCACAGUUUGGAGAACUUUGUUCUCGUGCUGUUAUUCUUGACUCGACUGGAAGUUAGAUCUUGUGAUUUUUGUCAGGGUUAAUAACCUUCCAAACAGUCCAAAUCCUUCAUGGUUUCAGCUGCAUUCAACCAUUGAUCAAUUUAAUUAUUGUAUCUUUGGUUACGUUGACUCAAACAGUUUUCUAAUGCUAAUUAAAAUACGUUCGAGGGUAUGGAAGCCACGAUAUCGUCAUCAAAGUAAUUUCUUUACUUUACGUGCAGCCAUUUUAUUGCUCGCCCUGAGGAAUAAAUUUUAUCAAUAUUCAGCAAUACUCUGCAACAUUUCAUAUGAUUUCGAGAUAGAUUCCUGCAGCAUUUGCACGGGUUAUCGUGAAGGGUACAACCAGAGCAUGAUCGAGUCUUUAUGGCUUAUCCCUGAAGUCUUGAGAAUAAAAAGCCGAUCAAGAUGCCACCGAAACAGAGGAAAAUAGCUAUUAUGGGGUACAGAUCAGUGGGAAAAUCUUCGUUGAGCAUUCAAUUCGUUGAGGGACAAUUUGUGGACUCCUAUGAUCCAACUAUUGAGAACACAUUUACUAAAAGUACUCGUGUAAAUAGUCAAGAUUACGAAGUUAAGUUAGUUGAUACUGCUGGUCAAGAUGAAUACAGCAUAUUUCCCACCCAGUAUUCCAUGGAUAUUCAUGGUUAUGUCCUCGUGUACAGCAUUACCAGUGCUAAAAGUUUUGAAGUUGUACAGAUUAUCUACGACAAGUUGCUGGAUAUAACUGGAAAAGUUCAUGUUCCCAUCGUUCUUGUUGGUAACAAAACAGAUUUGUACGUAGACAGAAUGGUGACGACAGAGCAGGGAAAACGUCUGGCUGAUUCUUGGCACGCAGCAUUCCUGGAAACGAGUGCAAAACAGAAUGAAUCAGUUGCUGAUAUAUUUCACACACUGCUGAUGGAGAUUGAGAAGGCAGAUGGCAAUGUACAAGAAACCUCGAAGUGCAUAAUCUCUUGAAUAUAAUGGAAUUAAAAUCUAGAACGAUAAUAAUCAUAAUUAAAUGAGACGCGGAUGGAGUCGACGCGUUUUAUUUCAAUUGAUUAAUACGCAGGUACCGAAUGUGAGUCGUAAAUGCGCCCCACUUAUUUUCUUUUUAUUUUACUGAAAAAAAAGAUACGUUGAAUCGAGUGAUUCACCAGUUGGUGCAUGGGAUGCCGACAUUGUAUAGCUUUAUUCUCAUCGGUAUUUGCAUUUAAUCCUUCAUUUAAGUAAUUGUUGAAUUGCUAUUUAUAUCGUCUUAUUUUAUAUUCUUUAAUGCCGAAAAUAUUCAUCCCUUUAGUCAAUUAUCUAGCUUCUGGUCUCUCCAAAAAGUGAAUUAUUCACUUUUCAAUAUUAUUCAGGUAGUUUUGUUCCACAAAUAUCAAUUGUAAAUCAAAAAUUACCGAGUCAAUCCAAUACAAUUGGUGUCUGACUUCUCAGCAUGAAUAUUUUACGUUUCAAAACCCAAGGCAAGCCGAAAAUCCGUGGAAUUUGAGUACUAUAGAACAUAAUUUUCAUUAAAAAAUUAUCUUACCUGUUUCAUUGGGGUGUUUGUAUAAGUGUGGAAACCAUUAAAUACUGUAUGUGUUCCUGGAAGAAAGUUAUGCUUACAAGUAUACAACCAAACGUCUGUGUCCAGAGAAACAAUGUAAAUAAAGCAAUAAAUAUUUGAAUUAAACAAUAUAAAAAUGUAGGGUAUGUAAUAAAUUGAUGAAAAAAUGGGAA